AUAAAGGUGCUCCUCAACAUUCAACAACGAGGAAACAUUAUAAAAAGAAUAGUGAAGCCAACUCUGUUUUUUACGCAAGUUCUUGUGAACUUCAUUUAAUCAAAUUUCAGGUCCGCCCUAGAGAGAGAAACAAGAUAGAUGGAGAGAGAACGUGUUGUAAAGCGAAGGAUCUGACACAGAAGUGGAAGAGCAGUGAGCUAUCAUGCUCCACAGCCUGCACUUCUACUUCUCUGUCUCCUUUUCUUCUCCAAGAUCUGUUUCUUAGAUUCGGAGAUUUUUCUGUUUGUUUCUUGUUAAAGUCCCCAAUAAAAGUCCAAAUUCCGAGUCUUUGACAGGAAUUAUUAGGACCCAUUUCCUCUUCCUGUCUUUAUAGCUGGUGAAGGGUUGGGAUAGUCAAUUUUUUUUUUGCUGUGAUUUUUUAACUUUUUAGGUUAGUGGAUUGUUGAAUUUUGAACUUUUUUUUAUGAUUUAAACAUUUGGAAAUUUGGUGAAGGGGUGAGGUUAAAGGGUUGUUUCUGUUGCAGAGUUUGUGUGAAAAAGUCCUGAUCUUUGCUGAUCGGUGAAGAUGAAGAUGAAAAGUGGAAGAAUGGAUACUUGAUUGUGGUAUAAAAGUUCUGCACGCGUGCUAUGGUUUGUGGUCAUUCAUAGACUGGAGUGUAAAUAUAUUUUAUGCAACCACAUUGAAGUGAAUAUUAACUUAAGUCUGCAAGUGUAUUAGAUAAAAUGUCAUUCCGAAGUAUAGUUCGUGACAUGAGGGAUGGGUUUGGGAGUUUGUCAAGGCGGAGUUUUGAGGUGAGGCUGCCAGGUCAUCUCAGAGGGAAAUCUCAUGGCUCAGCUUGUGAGUUGCAAGACCAGCCUGUGGUCAUCCAGAAUAGUCGUUGGGCUGGUCUUCCUCCUGAGUUACUACAGGAUGUGAUCAAGAGGUUGGAGGCUAGCGAGAGCACAUGGCCAUCUCGCAAGCAUGUUGUUGCUUGUGCUUCCGUGUGCAGGGCUUGGAGGGAAAUGUGUAAAGAAAUUGUUAGAAGUCCAGAGUUCAGUGGGAAGAUCACUUUCCCAGUUUCCCUAAAGCAGCCAGGGUCCAGGGAUGGAACUAUCCAGUGCUUCAUAAAGAGGGACAAAUCAAACUUAACUUACCAUCUUUUCCUUUGCCUUAGCCCUGCUUUGCUUGUUGAAAAUGGGAAAUUUCUUCUGUCUGCAAAACGCAAACGGAGAACUGCAUGCACGGAGUAUGUUAUCUCUAUGGAUGCAGAUAAUGUAUCAAGAUCAAGUAGCACAUAUAUUGGAAAACUGAGGUCAAAUUUUUUGGGUACAAAGUUCAUAAUUUAUGACACACAGCCUCCAUACAACAAUGCUCAGCUUGCACCACCUGGUCGAAGCCGCAGGUUCUACUCAAAGAAGGUUUCUCCAAAGGUCCCUACAGGCAGCUAUAACAUUGCUCAGGUUACAUAUGAGCUGAAUGUGCUUGGCACCAGGGGUCCACGGAGGAUGCACUGCACCAUGCACUCAAUCCCUGCGUUGUCCCUUGAGCCAGGUGGUUCUGUCCCAGGCCAGCCUGAGCUCCUCCCACGCUGCCUUGAAGACUCUUUUAGGAGCAUUUCCUUUUCUAAAUCAAUUGACAAUUCAACUGAGUUUAGCAGUUCACGUUUUUCUGACAUUGUUGGUCCUCGAGAAGAAGAUGAAGAGGGAAAGGAGAGACCACUUGUUCUCCGAAACAAGGCCCCAAGAUGGCACGAACAGUUGCAGUGUUGGUGCCUGAAUUUCCGUGGGAGAGUGACAGUUGCCUCAGUCAAGAAUUUCCAGCUUAUCGCUGCAACACAACCUGCUGCUGGUGCACCAACACCAUCACAGCCUGCUCAGUCUGAUCAUGACAAGAUCAUUCUUCAAUUUGGUAAGGUUGGCAAGGAUAUGUUCACCAUGGAUUACCGGUAUCCUUUGUCUGCAUUUCAGGCUUUUGCAAUCUGCUUGAGCAGCUUUGACACUAAAUUGGCUUGUGAAUAAAAAAAGAAAAUGGUAUCAACUAUAGAACAUUUAAUUGGUAAGGUAUCUCUUUUAGGGCUUUCUAGGAUGGUGGUUGUAGUUGUUGUAUGCAGUCACUGUACACAAGUCCUAGUCGACUGGAAAGUGCAGAACGUCUGCUCUCAUUGGAGGGGUCUUUCCUUUGUCACCCUUCUCUUUGUUUCAGUUGGAUUGGUCUGCUUUGAAUGAUUCCAUCAUGUUUCUGUCUGCUAUUGUUAAACUCUGUUGUAAUAUGACAAAAAAAAUAUGUUUGAACAUGUCUAAUCAUCAAAGGAAUUCGACUA